AUGUCCCAGUCACCCUCUAUUUCAUCGAUUCUCUCCAAUGUCUUCAUCCGAGAAUACCUCGCUUCUAGGCGCAACUGUGCGCGCAAAGCGAUACUCUGCUCCGGAACAAGGAGCUACUAUGGGCGACGAAGAACAGACGGAGCAGCUCGAUGGGAACGCUAUACUGGCGGACUGCGGCGUGAUUUGUCGACCCGGCAGGUGUCUAUGAUUGCUAUUGGAGGUACAAUUGGUACAGGUUUGUUUCUUGGUACAGGUCGUUCACUUGCUCAAGGCGGUCCCGCUAGCAUAUUGAUAUGCUACGGCAUAAUUGGAUUUAUCGUCUAUAUCACCCUUCUCCUUCUAGGGGAGCUCAGCACUCAGUAUCCCGUCGCAGGUUCAUUCACUGUCUACGCGGCGCGCUUCUUCUCCCCAUCUUACGCAUUCGCCCUCAGUUGGAAUUAUUGGUUCAAUGAUGCUGUAUCAGUAGCAUCGGAUCUUACGGCUGCCCAACUUGUACUCCAAUUCUGGACCGACUGGCAUCCUUGGGUUAUCUCCGUCGUUUUUCUUGUAUUCUUGCUAUCAGUUAACGCACUAAGUGUGCGUUCGUAUGGUGAAAUGGAAUAUAUUUUAUCAUCCCUAAAGGUCGUCACCAUAAUCGUAUUUAUCAUUACCGGUGCACUCGUCAAUGCAGGUGUCAAUAGAGAACACACUCCGAUUCGUGGACGCAACUGGCGAAUACCCGGAGCUCCUUUCGUCGAUGGUGGCGCUGGGUUUGCUCGCGUGUUCGUUACUGCGAGCUUCGCAUACGGUGGCACUGAAAGUCUUGCCAUUACUGCUGGCGAAACGAAGAACCCGACGAAGAGCAUGCCGCGUGUUGUCCGCGUUGUGUUUUGGCGUAUUUUGCUUUUCUACGUCCUAUCCAUCUUAAUGAUUGGUCUUAAUGUUCCGUACACAUAUCCGAAUCUAUCAAACCGCUCUACGACAACUUCGCCGUUCACGAUUGUCUUUCGCGAGGCGGGAUCGAAUGUUGCCGCUUCGUUCAUGAAUACCGUCAUCCUCUCAUCCGUCCUUUCUGCUGGGAAUCAUGCGCUCUAUGCUGGGACACGUAUUCUAUAUUCACUGUCGACCUCUUCUCCCCGCCUCGCUCCUGGCUUUUUCUCUCAUACAACUUCUAACGGUGUUCCCUUGCGAGCGCUCCUUGGUACCGCAAGUAUCAGUGCUUUAUGCUUUGCAAGUUCCUUCGUUGGAUCUGGGGUGCUAUGGGGAUGGUUGCAGAAUAUCGUUGGAGUAUCAAAUCAGAUUGCUUGGCUCUCCAUCGGGAUUGCUAGUUGGCGAUUUCGACAGGCAUGGAUUGCACAAGGCAGGCCGCUUUCCGAAAUGAAAUACCGUGCAGGCUGGACCUGGCCGUGGGGACCGCCUUUUGUUGUCAUCACCGUAUCGCUUGUUAUUCUCUUCCAAGGUUGGACAUCCUUUUAUCCGGUCUUCUCGCCGGUUGACUUCGUUUCGUUGUACCUGGAGCUUCCCGUGAUGGCGCUAAUGACGCUCAUAUGGUUCAUUGUUCGACAUCGGCACGAACACGAGGAAGACGAAAGGGAUAUAGAAGAUGACGUCCGUCGUGCAGCUAGAAGGAAGGGGGGAUGGGGCUGGAUUUGGAGGAUUUGGGAGACGGUCGCAUAA